UCGGAGGAGGUACUGCUGACAAAGAGAGCGAGACAGCAGAAUCACCAGGCCCACCCCUCACACUUCACCAGGGAAUGUGACGUCACCGUGGCCUCUCUUGUUCAAGAAACUGACGAAGCCAUGCAAGUCAUGCCCUCUGAAGAUGUAUCUCAAGGUCCCAUUCCAGUACCAGAAGCGGACCCUUCCUCGCAGCAUGGAAUGGAGACAGCCGACACAGAACGGGAAUAGAGCGAAGGAGCUACAGGAGAGGGGGAGGUGGAAGGGGAGGAAGAGGUGAUUUCGGUGUUCGUCGACAGCUAGGAGAGCCUCCAGCCGUCGACAAGUCAGGAACUUGUCCAACGGGUUUCGGAGCCGGUUCAGCAGGAAGCCUCGGUCGAAAUGACGACAUCGCUCUGCGGAGGCAGAGUGAGGCGGUGGGGAGGAGGAUAGGGAGAGUGGGGGAAAUGGAGAGGUUUUUGCUGAAGUUGACGAAGACUCGCUGAACCAGAUUCAGAAACCAGUUGAACAGGUUUGUACAUGUACAGUACAUUCACCAUUGCAUUGAUCGUUUUGGGAAUAUCAAGGCAUUCAACGAAGCUCUUAUAAAAUUGUGUUGUAAAUGGUAUCACAAUGCUUGAGACUUUCUAUUCAGUUGUCCAUUAAUAGGGCUUACCUCAACUGUAGUGUGGUCUCUAAUGUCUGCAUUUGCGCGCACCUGCACAUGCGUGAACGCCGUAUACAAUUUGCAAGUCUAUGGUCAGAUGAAGCUGCUACUUAGGGUGGUGGGCCUCCUUCCAAGGGUGGUGGACCUACCUCCCAGGGCGGAGGGCCUACUUCCAAGGGCGGAAGACCUGCGUACCAAAUUCAUGGAUUGCAAAUCACACACUCUAACAAAAAUUGCAGCUAGAAUAUACAGUUCCAUAGGUAUGUUAAAAAGAC